AAUUCUGAGUGUUAUAGUUUAUUGCCACAAAUGGAGCCGAAUUGUGAGCACUACCAUUCCAAGAAAUAUGCCCUCUCCAAAUUCACCCUACAAAAACAAAAUUCAAAGAAACAAACACUCAUUUCUGGGUUUUUUACAUUCUAAAUUCGUCUAAACAAGAAAGUAUACACUGCAAAUUGGGCAAAGAUUGAGGGAGACAAAGAAAAUGACAGAGGAGGAGCAUUGGAAUACAAUGACUCAACCUCUUCAGAUUCAUCAACACGGAAACAAACUGUUAUAUUGGAAAUGGAAACACCACUGUUCGAUGGAAAAUCGUCGACGAACGAGGUGGUUCUACAUGACGCACCGUCGGCCGUGUUAGUGUAUGGUGACGGCGGCGAUUAUACGCCGGUGCAAACGUUUUAUGAUGUUAAGAAUAUGUUUUACCUUGAAUCGAUCAAAUUGUGGGCUAUUGCAGCUCCCAUUGCGUUUAAUAUUGUUUGCAAUUAUGGGAUUAAUUCGUUUACAAAUAUUUUUGUUGGGCAUAUUGGAGAUGUGGAACUCUCUUCUGUUGCCAUUUCUUUAUCAGUCAUUGCGAAUUUCUCUUUCGGCUUUUUGCUUGGAAUGGCUAGUGCACUCGAGACAUUAUGUGGGCAGGCCUUUGGUGCCGGUGAAACAGAUAUGCUUGGAGUUUACAUGCAGAGAUCAGGGUUAAUCCUCAUAGCAGCUUGUAUCUGCCUAUUACCCCUUUACAUUUUUUCAGUCCCUUUGCUAAAACUCCUAGGCCAAAGACAUGAUAUUGCGGAAAUUGCUGGCAGAUUCUCAUUGCAAAUUAUUCCUCAGAUGUUUUCACUUGCCAUAAAUUUUCCGACGCAGAAAUUCUUACAAGCUCAAAGUAAGGUGACAAUCCUUGCAUGGGUUGGGUUUGUGGCCUUCGUUCUACAUAUUGGUGUGCUGUUUUUGUUCAUUAAAGUUUUCAAAUGGGGAUUAGCUGGUGCAGCAGCAGCCUAUGAUAUUUCUGGUUGGGGAGUUGCUUUGGCUCAGGUUGUGUACAUUACAGGCUGGUGCCAAGAUAGCUGGAAGGGGUUAUCUUGGUUGGCUUUCAAGGACAUUUGGGCUUUUGUGAGGCUUUCUGUAGCUUCUGCGGUAAUGCUUUGUUUGGAGAUUUGGUAUUUUAUGAGCAUAAUUGUUCUUACAGGGCAUCUUGAUGAUCCAGUCCUGGCAGUUGGAUCCCUUUCAAUCUGCAUGAACUUGAAUGGAUGGGAAGGCAUGCUGUUCAUCGGAAUAAAUGCAGCCAUUAGCGUUCGUGUAUCUAAUGAACUCGGAUCUGGACAUCCAAGGGCUGCCAAGUAUUCGGUAUUUGUCACGGUUGUUGAAUCUCUUUUCAUCGGGAUAAUUAGCAUGUUGAUAAUAAUAGCAACUAGGGACAAGUUUGCUAUUCUUUUUACCAACAGUGUACAGAUGCAAAAGGGUGUUUCUGAUUUAGCUUACCUUCUUGCUGUAACUAUGGUGCUCAACAGUAUCCAGCCAGUUAUAUCAGGAGUUGCUGUUGGGGGAGGAUGGCAAGGACUGGUGGCUUAUAUUAAUCUGACUUGUUAUUACAUUAUAGGACUCCCUAUUGGAUUUUUUCUUGGUUACAAUACAAAUUUAGGGGUUCAGGGAAUUUGGAUGGGGAUGAUUUUCGGAACUUUCCUGCAAACUGUGAUUCUUUUGAUUAUUGUGUGGAAAACGAAUUGGAACGAGGAGGUGGCACAAACAUCAGAAAGAAUGCGAAAAUGGGGUGGACUGAAUGAUGAUUUAGAUGUAAAGUAAAAGAAUUCUGGAAAAAAGAGAUAUAUCAGUUUCUCUUUAAACUUAACUAGAAGUAUUUUGUAUAGGUACAAUUAUCCCAUGCCCGUAGUUUUACUAUGGUGGGAGAAAAUAUAUUUAGGACAUGUUUAGUGCGAUGUACGGAACAAAAUAGAUAAUAUAAUGAAUAAUAGUCUUUUUUCCCCCCAUCAACAAUGUUCAGAAUUUCA